UCUUCAUUCUCAUUCAGUGUACUUUUCAAGAGCAAUACCUCUUCUUUGCUAAAUUGCUAGAGCUAUAAGCCAUGGCUUUCUCUAAACUUCUAAUUGCAUCUCUUCUGGUGUCUUUUAUCCUUCUCCAUCUCGUUCAUGCUGAUCAAGCGAAACUGCAGGUACCAGCACAGGCUGAUCAGGUUUCUCUUCUUCAGGAUAUAGAUUGCGAUGGAGCAUGUGCUGCAAGGUGCAGUAAAGCGUCUCGCCAGCGCCUCUGCCACAGAGCGUGUGGAACAUGCUGCAGGCGCUGCCACUGCGUGCCGCCAGGCACUUCCGGCCACCAAGAAGUGUGUCCUUGCUAUGCCAGCCUCACUACCCAUGGCGGCAGAAAGAAGUGCCCCUAGAGUUCAGUUUCAUAACUACCCACACAUGCAAAGAUUGUGUCAUAAUAUUAUUCUGAAUAUUUAAAUCCUUGGUUUGUAAUAUCGCAUCUUAAUGUACUAUUAACCUACAAUAAGAAGUAAAUGUGGUCCUAUAUAAGACUAGCAUGGAAAAUAAACUUUGUUUUCUAUGAAUGUUGAAUGAGUGUGUGUUUGUUGAUAAAAUAAUGAGGAAUAAUAUAGUCAUGUGUUUUCUGUUUUA